UCUUCUGACUGUGGCGGCUUGGAGUAAGUAGUUAGGUAGGGAGGGAGAUCAAACUGCGCGCCAUGGGUUUCCCUUUACGCUUCUUAUCAUCAUUGUCGUUGUGCCUCUUGGCCCUCCUCCUCCACCGGGCCACGGUGACAAUUGGGUGUUUCAGCAUGGAGAGGGAGGCACUGUUGGACUUCAAAGCCGGCAUCCACGACACCCAUAACCGGCUAUCUUCUUGGACGGGCCACCACUGUUGCACAUGGAAGGGAGUGGCCUGCGACACCACCACUGGCCACGUCGUCAUGCUGGACCUCCGAAACACCAAUACAUAUGAUUGGGCAUUACGCGGUGAGGGGAUGAUGAACUCGUCAUUACUUGCUUUAUCACAUCUGGAGCGCCUGGAUCUUAGCUUCAAUUAUUUCAUUGGGAUCCGCAUGCCGGAAUUCAUCGGCUCCUUCAAGAAACUGAGAUACCUCAAUCUAUCUUCUACACGAUUCAUGGGAGGAAUACCUGCUCGGCUGGGGAACCUGUCGAGCCUCUACGUUCUUGAUCUAAGCGAUGCUUUAGAUUUUUCAUCCCAUGUUGACAACCUCCACUGGCUCUCUCAUCUUACCUCCCUGAAGCACCUGGACUUGAGCGGGUUGAACCUAACCGAUGUCCCAGAUUGGUUCUCGUCGGUGAACAUGCUGCCGUCCCUCCAGGUGUUAAACAUGACUUACGGUGGUCUUAAUAGCAUCCCGGUUUAUGUUGUCCACGUCAACUUCACCUCCUCUCUUACCGUCCUUGAUCUCUCCAAUAAUAAUUUCAGCUCCACCUUACCCAAAUGGUUGUGGAAUAUUAGUGGUCUUACCCAUCUUGAUCUUCAGAAUUCUGGGUUCCAUGGGGUUAUUCCUGAUGCAAUUGGAGACUUGGGCUCUCUUACUUUUCUUGAUCUAGGAGACAAUCAACUCGAGGGUACCGUGCCAAGAUCCAUAGUUGAUCUCCGUAGACUGGAAGAAUUAGAUAUGUCGGACAACCAAUUGACAGGAAAUUUGAGCGGUUGGCUGGAGCAAAUGACGAAUCUCAUCAUUUUGGAUCUCAGAUAUAAUUUAUUCAACGGUUCCAUGCCUUCCUCCGUUGGUAAGUUCUCUAAUCUCACCGAAUUGAAUCUCGCUGGAAAUUCUGUUGGAGGUGUCCUUUCACAAGUUCAUUUUGAGAAUCUUACAAGAUUGCAAGUGUUGGACUUGCGUGACAACUCCAUCACCAUAUCCAUUGGACAGAGUUGGGUCCCCCCUUUCCAACUCACAUAUGUAGAUUUAACCAAAUGUCAGUUGGGACCUCAAUUUCCAGAAUGGUUGCAGUUUCAAACGCAGAUCGAAGAAUUACAUUUGGCAGACUGUAAAAUUGCAGGGACAAUGCCCGCUUGGUUUGGGAAUAUUUCAUCUUCUACCAUCACAUAUUUAGACCUUUCCAACAACCAAAUAGGAGGCAAGCUGCCAUCUUCUUUAAAGUUCACCAAGUUGGAAAUAUUACAUUUGGAAUCCAACAGAUUUGAAGGUCCAUUGCCUACGAUGCUACCGUCUACACUUGAUACUCUAUUCCUCUCCAAUAAUUCCUUUACAGGGCAAUUACCGAUAUGGCGCCAUGUUAACUUUGUGUUAAUCUCACAUAACAUGCUUGACGGUGGCUUAUCUUCAUCAAUCUGCCAAUGGACAUAUCUCCAAUAUCUUGACCUUUCGAACAACAAAUUACUUGGUGAGAUCCCUUAUUGUCUGGGAAAAUCAUUAGAAUAUCUUUAUUUCUUGAUUUUGGACAACAAUCACAUCUCAGGUGAAAUUCCACACACGAUCGGAUUUUUAUGUGACCUUCGGCUAUUGCAACUAAAAAAUAACAGUUUUUCGGGUGAGGUUCCUUUGUCAUUGAAAAAUUGUACAAAUUUAUGGUUUCUUGAUCUGACUCAAAAUAAUCUUGUCGGAAGUAUAACGCUAUGGAUGGGAGAAAAUCUACAACAAAUGCACGUACUUCGUCUACGUUCAAAUAUGUUUUCUGGAGUUAUUCCCUGGCAACUUGUUCGAUUUGAACAUCUUCACAUAUUGGAUCUUGCCAAUAACAAUUUCUCUGGAUCAAUACCUCACAACAUUGGUAAUUUAAGUGCCAUGAGAUCUACAUCACAAUAUUAUGAUUUUUGUACUGUUGAAUUAGAUGUCUUUACAAAGGGACAAGAUCUUCAUUAUUUAAAAUGCAGCAUGCAACUUAUGAAAAGUUUGGAUCUUUCAAAUAAUAGUCUAACCGGAGAGAUCCCGAAAGGAAUUGGAGACCUUGCAGGACUCAAGAACUUAAAUUUGUCAAGAAAUUAUUUACAAGGAAAAAUCCCUUGGGAGAUAGGAGGAAUGAAAUCAUUAGAAUCCCUUGAUCUAUCGAUAAAUGAUCUUUCUGGUAGUAUUCCUGAGAGCUUAUCGGCUUUAUAUUUCUUGAGCUAUUUGAAUUUGUCAUAUAAUAAUCUUUCGGGAAUGAUACCAUCUGGUCGUCAACUUCAAACACUCAAUGAUCCAUCCAUUUACAUGGGUAAUGCCGACUUAUGUGGACCACCUACUUUCAAAAGUUGUUUUGAUAAUAAAACAACUCAAAUUGAUAUACAAGAGCACAAGAAGGAGAUUUCCGAUUGGCUAUGGUUCUAUAUUAGCAUGGUACUAGGAUUUGUGAUGGGAUUUUGGAUAUUUUGUGGUAUUCUCUUCCUCAAAGACGCAUGGAGGCAUGCUUAUUUCCAUUUCAUCGAUGAUGUGUAUGAUUGGGUUUGGGUGCAAUGGAAAUUAAUUCUUCCACGAUUGUUGAGACGUUAAUCCUAAAAUUUCUAGUGCGGAUGAUCCUAGGCUUUCCGGUAGAUGAGGAGAAGGCAGGAGAAGUUUGACCGAAUGGCAGCCAAUAGUAUGGACAUGAAUCAAUAGCCAAUAGAUGGAUACAGUUGCGCCAAGAAGGUGAGUUCUUCAUGAUCGACAUAGAGGCUAAAUCCCUGCUCGCCUUUUCGAAGCUCUGUUUUCGAAGCUCGCCAUUUCAUUACUUAGGUGGCUUAAUGUUAUUUCUUUUAUGAUUUGUCAUCCAAAGCCGAUGAUCUUAAAAUUUUUAAUCUUAAUCACAUAAGUUGAUCUUCUUCUCUUUUUGUUUUCUUAUCAUACAUGUCUAUGUAAUUGGAGGUGAUGAAACUCAAAACGGAGCCUCUACAAUAUUUGGGCUAAUUAUCAAAUAAAAGCACUUUAACAUGUGUUUUUGUUGGUAUA